CAUCUUUCGUAUGCGUGGGAUCAUAACAUGAGUACUAGAUCACACAAAAGAAAAUCCGACGAUUCGCAUAUUCACUAUCGAAUUGCAAAACAGUAUUCAGCACACAGUCAUGUCGCACCUUGGACCACAUUCUACUGUAUCGGGCAUGGAUUCUUCGUAUAACGAUCUCUCAGACAUGCAAAGGCAGGCUUUUGAGCAUUUCUGGCCGUGGCUUGAGGAUGCUGUGACUCAAAGCUCUACCCUUUUGCCCUUCCAGAACUGCAGCACCAUCAGCUAUGCCGACUAUGGCUGUGCUGGGGGCGCCAACUCAGCGGCUUACUUUGCUCAAGUUAAAUCUGCGCUCGAGCGAGCUGGAUUUUUGGGCGGAGACGGUUCCUCGCAGCUCCAAGUGACCUUGAUAGACGUGCCCAGCAAUGAUUGGAACCAGGUCUCAGCCGCCUUCUUCAGGCCGGGGGCUGUGGGCUGUGCUGAGGCAAUCUUGCCUACUAUGGUCCCGAAGAGCUUCUAUGCUGGAGAAGUUGCCCCGCCAGCCUCUCUGCACAUCGGCAUCAGUGUGGUUGCCCUACAUUGGCUGUCGCACACACCGCCUGUCAGCCUGAAGGACAGCUUUAAUUAUCAAAGAGGAGGCCAAUCACAUGUGGAGGCUUUCAGGCGACAGUUUGAGUCAGAUGCAGAGCACUUUUUGCGUCUCAGAGCAAAUGAGUUUGUGCCUGGUGGCCUGCUGUUGCUGGUGCUGCCCGGGACACUGGGGGAUCGAUACCUCGGUGAAGGGUCCUUCUCUGCCCUGAGCGACGCAGCGGCGGAGCUGAGCGCACAGGGGAAGAUCGACGCCUCUCUGCUGGAAGACUUCCUCUACCCUGUCUACAUGCCCACAGAGGAUGAGCUGGAGAGCAUUGUGUACAAGGCUGGCAGUUGGGAGGUGAUGCAGCAGGGCGGGGCUUCACUGACGCAGAUGUGGGAUGGGUACCGGGCAUCAGAAGACCCGUCCGCUUCCAAGGCCUAUGCCAGCACCCUGAUCUUACUCAUUCGCGGCGUGUGUGCCCCCCUUGUACGGAAGUGCCUAGCCCUCAGCGAAGAGACCCUCCAGGAGCUGUUUGAGAGAGCAGAGGAGAUGGUCAGGGCGGAUCCGAGCAAGUAUGCGUUCAAGAAUAUCGAAGUUGCUGUGCUGCUUCGCCGCACGAAGCGGCGGCCAUCAGUGGAUAUCGGCAGGCGGAGCACAGAGUGAGCAGCGGGCAUGUCAAAACCCAGCAUGCUCUUCAGAACUUGCAGUGCAGCGUGUGAAUCGCCGUUUCAGGCAACAGGCAUCCCUGUGUUCGGCCACAUGCAUGUGAUCUGACAGUGCACUUGCACUGGAGUGGUUGUUGACAUCAGGUGUUUCCUGUAAGUUGUUCAAAACCAUCGAGAUCUGGCAGAGAUUGCCUUGUACAGCAAAACGUGCUGAACUUUCUUGCAGAUUCCUGCACUGCUCAGGUGUUCCUUGUCAGUUGUUGAAAACCCUCGCGAUCUGGCAGAGCAUCGCAUUGUACAUCAGACCGUGCUGAAGUGUCUUGCAGUUUCCUUAAUUGCCGACUGUUGCGCUUGUGCAAAGAUGGAUUUUGGUAGAUGUUUAUGGACUCAGCAAGUGUGCAUGUACUUGAGGUGAUGGGAAGUGUUGCACAUGAUGGGACUGAUGGAGGAUUUUACGUGCUGCAAAUAGACAGCAUACAAACAAACAACAUGUGGCAAGGUGUUGCCGCCAAUGCAGCCAUGAUUAUGAUCAAACGGAAUUUGAAGUCCUGUGUGAGGGCUCUCAAUAUAACGUCUUGUAUGAUUCUGUACAAAUUUGAAAAUACAGGCUUUAUC